AUGUCAGCCACUAGUACCGUUCCUUCAGAUAUAGCAUCCACAUCAGCCUCCAAUCCUGCAUUGUCAGCCACUAGUACUGUUCCUUCAGAUAUAGCAUCCACAUCAGCCUCCACUCCUGCAAUGUCAGCCACUAGUACCGUUCCUUCAGAUAUAGCAUCCACAUCAGCCCUCCACUCCUGCAAUUACUGUUCCUUCAGAUAUAGCAUCCACAUCAGCCUCCACCCUGCAUUGUCAGCCACUAGUACCGUUCCUUCAGAUAUAGCAUCCACAUCAGACUCCACUCCUGCAAUGUCAGCCACUAGUACCGUUCCUUCAGAUAUAGCAUCCACAUCAGCCUCCACUCCUGCAUUGUCAGCCACUAGUACCGUUCCUUCAGAUAUAGCAUCCACAUCAGCCUCCACUCCUGCAUUGUCAGCCACUAGUACCGUUCCUUCAGAUAUAGCAUCCACAUCAGCUCCACUCCUGCAUUGUCAGCCACUAGUACCGUUCCUUCAGAUAUAG